AUGUUAAUACCUAUCAAUCCUGUUAAAUCAGAAAAAAAUAAAAAAACCUUGUUAGUUUCAUAGCCCAUUCUAUUUUAAUCAAAGGGAGCAAGUAGAAGUGACUUAAUGUUGGAUUAAAUUCAUAACUCAACAAAAACAACUACUUUUAGAUCUAAUGAAACUGGCAACUUUUAUUAGACUUAAUAUGGAUUAGGAGAUAAGACUAAAUAAUUUAUUUAAAAUCAAGAGCAAAUAUAAUAACAGAAUAAUUGUAAAAGAGUAAUGAAAUAAGGUGUUGAUACAUUUGCUUUAACACAGUCAACAAUGAAUAUUUUUGAGGGUAAAUUAAUACGUGAAUAGUAGAGGCAAAUAAUGAAGAGCGAAAAAAGUAUAUAGAUUAUACAGGAGGUCCAUAAUUUGAAAGUGAUAAAUAGGAUAAAGUAAUCAAAUAUUCAGUUGUUGGAUAUAAUUAGUUUCUUAAAAUUCAUUAAGAAAAAUAAAGACAAUACUAGAGAUUAAAGAAAAAUUAAUAAAAUCAAAAUCAAAUGACUACAGAUGAUUCAUUAUUUGAUGAAUAACCUCCAACAAGAACUAAUCAAUAAGCUUAAUCAAUUAUUCUAGAUAAAUAAUAAGUAAGGAAAACUCCAAAAAAAAAUAAAGUAGAUUAACUUUACUUAAGCAAAAGAGAUUUGAAUAAGAUAGUUAGGGAAGCUGAAAAACACAUAUAAGAGGCAUAAAUAGAAUAGGAGAAGGUAGAAGCAAAACUACCAUUUCAUUUAAGAAAUGCUAUUUCAAGGGAAGAAAGAGCUAUGAAAAAGUUUGAAAGUACUAAGACUCAAUGGGAUAAUGUUAAUAUACAGAUAGCUUCUAAUUGUUAAAGGGAACCAGAAUAAACAAUUAUGAGUAGGGCAGAUUAAUAUAGAGAAAGAAACUAAAAGAUUUAAGCAAUUGAACUUAAUAAAGGUGAAGAGGAAAAGAAUAGUAGUAGAUAUUGGUAUCUAAAAUUAAGAUGGUAUGAUCACAAAGAUAAUAGACCCUAAUUUUCUUUACUUACUUAAUCAAAUAAAUCAAAAAGCUGUUAGCAGUUUGAAAAUAGGUUAGUGAAUCGAUUUUUAUCAGAUUUUGAUGCAGAGAGACUUGGUCAAUAAUAGUAAUUUGUGUUGUCUGAUAUUUAAGCCAAUUUUAAUACAAAAUUGAUUGAUAAUCCAUUUAAAUAAGUUUAAACUGUUAUUUCAGAAAAAAGUAAAUUAGAUUUUAUUUAUUCUAGAAAUUAAUGAAGAUGAUGUUGCUUAAUCUCCAAAAACAAGAUUAUAUACUAAUAAACUUAUGAAAUUAUAUAAUCAAAAAUUAUAGGACAAGUCUAAGAAAAAAUUUGUGGAUACCAAAAAUUUUCUAUUCUUAGCAGGAGAAAGUUAAAAGGAUAGAGAAUAAAAGAUGUUAAAUAGGGAAACAGGUUAAUAGUUUAAGAUGGCUGAAAUUCCAAAUGAAGAGCCUGAAGUAAUAGUUAAUACUUGGAAUAAAAAGAAUUUAGCUAAAUCUGGAGAAUAUAUUUUAAAUUGA